AUGAUUUUGGAGAUGUGAGUCGGCAUUUGAUCAUUAAUCUUGAUGUUUCUAGCGAAGAUAAUUCUUGGGAAUGUGAAAUUGUUUACAGCCCUGAGGCGAAUGCCACUAGUAUUUACUCCAAGUCCGAUGCGAUGGCCAGCUGGCGGUACUUGCAGUAGGUGGGCUAACUUGUGAAAUGUCAAUCGAAAUUUCAAAAUGCGUUCUCGUCUCGAAAAGAUUAACUAAGUAGGGUUGUCAAACUAAUCCUCAAGCAGCAUAAUCCUAUAAUGAUUCAGUUACCUCAGGGUGUCGGCUUUAGAAUGAGCUUAUUUCGAUUGCAUGCAAAAACUACACCGUGCAAAAAAUGACUACUUAAGAAGCAGGAAUUUUUAUCCUUGAUUUUCGAUGACCUUAAAAAUUCAAUUAUCUUUCAUGGGAAACAUGCAUAAAAAUAUUGACCCUUUUACUUAUUCGAUUGAAAAUCACGUCUUCUUCCAAGCUUAUACUCGAAGGAAGAGUGGAAUUCUGUUUUCAAAAGCUUUUCCAAUUCCCGAAUAAUUUUGAACCCGCUCUACCGUCGCACUUGGAUUCAGGGUUCCCAAGCUGCAAGCCGUAUAUUUUCCGCGUACGGAUAACCACAAAUUUCUCUGCAGUAAUAAGGGGGAACCAAAUAGGGUUCAUAAACUUUAGCAGUGGAUUUAAGCCACGUUGCUAACUUCACACGCAACAUUGGUAAAUGCAAAGGCAUUACAGUUUGUGAACGGCCAUUACACAGUAUUUAGAAGUCUCACAAUUGUAAACUUUUUAAGACCGAAUUAUAUCUCUUCUUCGAGUAUAACAUUAGAAGAAGACGUAUUUUUCUACCGAAAGAAAGAAUGAAUAUUUUUAUGCAUGUUUUCCAUGAGAUAUAAUUGGACUUUUAGGGAAUCGAAAAUCAAUGAGAAAAAUCCAUUUGCAUAGUGUAGUUUUUGCAUGCAGCCGGAAGAAAGUUCCUUCGAAAGCCGGCUACCUAACGUAACUGAAAUAUCAGGCUGAUUAGUUUUCCAACCCUAUUUAAUUAAUCUUUUCGAAACGAAAACGCAUUCCGGAAUUUCGGUUGACACUUCAUGAGUUAGCCCACUAACUGCACCUAGUGUUUACUCCCUGGUAAUGGGCAUUUAAAAACUUGAACAAUUGUCAUUUUCGUCUCGUUGGGGUGUUCACCACCACAGCAUGCUGAUCUAACCACUCAGCAAAUGCGUGCUUUAGCGUUGCCAGCUGUGUAAGAAGGAACGCAUCAACGUUGACUUCAUGCUUUAUCAGAGGCAGAUGUCCCACGUGAUUGAUGGGACCCUGAAACGGCAACGAAACUCUCUGGCACAUAAGACCUACUGCCAGUAAUUCCGUCCCGCUAGGGACAGAGGGAAAUUGCUCGUGUGAACUGUCCGCUGUCAAUACGAAUGUAUGCAGAAAAUAACGAACGUUCUCUUGGUCUGCGCUGACCACAGGUGGUUCAGUGGACCAGGUAGUCAUCAGACGUCUGCGCUUUAAUAUCACACAGAGCUCGCGAUUAAAUGGUGGCCGAGCACAUAUGAGAUAUCGCAAUUGACCUCAGUUUAGCAAAUAUAAAAGACCCGGGUCGAUAAUCUGAGAUGUGGGAAUGGCUCACCGAAGCAGUGGAGGGGUGUGGCUGACGUUUCAGAGGACUUGGGCAGCCCUCUACUAUAAGAGAUUUUUAUGCGAAAAAUUUACCAGAGUUUGAGUUUGCUCGGUAUUUUUAAGCCCCUUGUGAUCGUCCUGGCGUAUGUAGUGACGCAGGACUUUAUAGGAUCCAGGAAGAUUUAGAUGACCGGUGAUGGAAUUGGCACAUGAGGGUCAAGUCUCACGUGUAAGCAAUUCUGCCCUUGAGGUGACUCCACGUCCCAGGACUGCAAGUUGUGUGCUGGUUAUGGAUUUGGAAGAAAGGUUGUGAACAAUGUCGCCAGGUCUCAAUUUGUUCAAUUUCACGGAUAAUUGUCUAACCUUUUUGAACUUGCCUCAAAAGUUGUUUAUCAAAUACGUCGUAAUGAUGGAAACUGCAGCAAGUUUGGGAAAACCGGACUGAAAUUGCAGACCCGCCUACAAGAACACAAACUGGCAACUCGGAGACUAGAUCCCAACUCACCGCCUGCGACUCCCAUUGGAGAAAAUGGUCACAGGUUUGGCUUUCAAGGAGUAACUGCCUUAGCUCAGGGCACAUCAAGGACAGAACGUCAUAUACAUGAGACUUGGCACUCAGAUGCCAAUUCCAUAAACGGACAUCUAGACCUUCCUGAACCCUAUAAAGUCCUGCGUCACUACAUACGCCAUGACCAGGACAAAACGGUCACACGGAGCUUAAAAAUGCCGAGUAGCCACGGGCCAUCGAAUAAUUCACCAAAGAGGGUGGACAAGGGAGCAUCCGAUGCACAUUGAUGUGACGCCACACAACACAGGAGACCGCCAACAUCCACAAACAACGACCAGAAAACCAAGGCAGCGAAAGAGGGAAGAAAACCGAUCAGCCCCAGGCCAACUAAUUCGGCCCGUUAUAUCAAACUUUGAUCAAUUUUACGCACAAAACGCCGCCCAGCCCUGCGAAACGGCAGCUUCACCACUCGACCGAUUCCAUGACUCAUUCACAGUUCUCGGAAUAUCGCAGUUGUUUUGAUGGUAUUGUUUACAGGUAGCGAUGAGGUCUGCCUGGCGAAAUAAGUUGGACGACCCAAAAUGUAGACAGCCAAAAUAGACGAAAUAUUUCCCUUUGUGAGCGCACUGUGCUCCAAAAACGUCGCAAGAAGAUGAGAGAAACAGAGAGGUAAUUUAUGAUGCAGGAGAGUUGCGAGUUACAAUUAGCGAGCGUUUUGCGAGAGCGAAGUGCAGUGUCCGCAUUCGUGUCUGGUGAGUUGCUUUGGUGAGAUAUCAAGCGUGCUUCAGUGAACGAUCAUUUAACUGAUUUGAAGACUUCAGCUGUUUACUGGUUGAACAAAUGCGAUGGCGAUACUAGGGUGAACCGACAUGGUUUGUCUGGGAAACUUGUCUGACUGUCAUUGUGACCUGAUUUUGCCCCUCCCACAGGGUACGGAGGCUCACGUGGAAAAGGAGUCUUACAGCGCUCGGAGAAGGGCCUGUCAUCUCCAUUGACGAUUAGGAUCUCCGCGACCUAAAACUUCCAGUCUCCAGUAAGAUCACUACUGGUCUUUUUGAGUUGUUCAUGAAUAACAUAUAAACAACUUGAGAAGAUGAGCAAAGAAAUUUAUCUGGUGUAGCUUCUCGAAGAACUUGAGGGUUAAACCCGUUCGACCAAGGCCCACCUACCCCGUGAGUUCGUAGGCGACCCCUAAGCAGGCCCCGAAGCCCUAUUGAGUCCCGUUAACCAAAAUAUGGCAAGUAUCCUGUCGCUAAAACCGUUUAACCCAGCAGCUGGCCUUCAUUGAUAAGUAUAUCCGAUGAUCUGCGAUGAUUUACACACUGGAUUAUGAGGCAGCCAUUAAAGGUAAAAUUUCUGCUUUCAUUGACAUGUUAGAAACCGUGUUCUUCCCACUUGCCAACCGAGAGUGAGAUCCAGGCUGUCACUGGCCUAAUCGUGCGACUCCAACUGAAAACCGUUCGGUGCGCCACGAAAGGCCGGAUAACAGAACCAGUCACCAUCUGCCGGCUCCUCCUAGCAUUUGGUCAUCCUUGAAUUUGGGCCUCCUCUUUUACUCCAUUGAACCAGAUGCCGGCCACAACCGCCUGACUAAUUGUCUGAAGUAUGCUUUCACCUCGUCAAGUUACAACCACGGAUUAUAUUUCCCGUGUAGCAACUAAGUGGUGAGAAUGUGCACUUAAAAGGCUACAAUCAUCUGGCCAAACCCCAUGUUUGAGGAGAAGACGGAAGGCGCCAUAAUGACGGUUUUCUUGUAUACAGAACCCGGAGUUGUCCUCUGAGGCAGUAGUGGCCGCUGGCGAAUCCAAGGCUUCUGUUGACUGCGUCCUGAGAGUCCUUGGAAAGGUGCUGACAUUCGCUUUUGUAGGCCCGUGGACCAAGUUCAUGCGGUGUCCAGGCCGUGUGUGCUGCAGUUGCCGAGGGUGACGCCUCAUUGGCUUAGGCUGUGCUUGCAUGGGUAGGGGGGGAGGGGGCUGCCACCGUGUAGAGGUAUGCCCGGGCUGAUGUCGGUCGAGUGGCUUCAGGUCAGCCUGUCUGGAACGGCUCACUGCAAGGGGGUGCAUGAAUUCGAGGCGGUGAGGCCUCGAGGUCAUUGACGCCAGAAUAGCCACGAUGGCUGCCCACAACAAACUCCCAAAGCCCUACAGUUAGGUAAUUUUUACCUCUUUGUAUUCGACACGCUUCAAAUUCUCUCAACCAAGUUCCUUGCGAUUCUGUCUUUUUGGCCAAACGCCCCCCCUCAAUCUUUCCUGAUUUAUUGAUGAGCGUUUUACUGCCAUGGCAACAGCAGUGAGAAGGAGAGUCUACAGCAAGGCGUCAGUUUGGGAGAACAGGUUACUUGGCAUGAAAAACAACAGCAGUCCAGACAUUCUCGGGACACAAGUUGAUCUCUUUAAGACAGGUUUCAGUAUCAAAGGUAGCCCGCAAUGCAACAGACGAAAUGAUACACUAAAGUACGUUCUGAUUCGUGUUUAAGCCAAAAAAUGCCAACUUGCACUCUAUCCCUCAACUUGUAGCGGCUAGUUGGUGAGGGUGUGCGGUCUGUAAGCCACGUCAAAUUUCAAGUUGUGUUAAAAGGCAAGAGUCAGGCGGCAGUGGCCGCUGGCAAAGCCAAGGUUAGUAUUGACUGCGUAGAGUCAUGUCUGAGAGUCCUUAGAACGGUGUUGACAGCCGUUUUUGUGGGCUCGUGGGCCAAGCUCAUGUGCUGUCCCAUCCGUAUAUGUCGCACUCACCGAGGGGUGGUGUCCCGGUGGCCUAAGGUGCCGGCUGCAGGGGGUGGCGCGUUCAAGUGGCCGAAGGGACAGCUACGACACUGUGCGGACCCAAGUGUGUCCGGGUUGAAGUCGGCCCAGUGCCUUCAGGCCAGUGGGUGUGGAACGGCUCGCCGCAAGGUGUGAAUGACCUUGAGGCCGCGGGGCCAUUGUGGCGGCUAGCCAUCCUGACGGAUCUGCCGUUUUUGUAGGCUCGUGGGCCAAGCUCAAGUGGCGGCCAGUCAGCGUGCGUGUUGCAUUUGCCGAGGGGUGGUAUCCCAGUGGCUGGUUUUGCUGGUUGCAGGGCGUGGCGCGUUCAAGUGGCCCCAUGGGCAGCUGCGACUGUGCAGACGCAGGUAUGCCCGAACUGUUGGCCGUGUGACUCCAGGUCAGCUCGUCUGGGACGGCUCGCUGCAAGGGGUGAAUGACCUUGAGACAGCGAGGUCUUCAACAAAGACGCCAGACCAGUCAGGAUGGCUAGCCGCCACAGCUCCCCGCCAGACACAUAACGAAGUGAUGGUGUCCAUCGUGAGGCAGGCGAUGCUGUGUGAAAUUAUCCAGUACACAUGCCGGUUUGAGAGCGUGUGUCGAUGAUGACAGAAGUAGCUCGGACCGGGUGCGACCUGUACAGAGGUGCAGUUGAGGCAUCAACCCUGGGUGUGCUGGCGUGGUUUCGUCAACGCGUGCCGGUGAGUUGGCACGUUGGUAUGAGACGGAAGAACGUUUCGGACACAAGGCAUCCCAGUGAGUGCUGAGUCGGACGAAUGCGUCAGUGAAAUAGGCUCACUGUCAUCCAGACACAAAAAAUGGGAGAGAAUGCAGUGUCGAAAAUGUGAAGGUUCAUCGCUGUAUAUGCGUUGGCAUAUUGAGUGUAUACAAGCAACUCACGAAUGAUGGUUUCGUCGGUAACGGGCGGAAGAAUGUCUCGGAAAAAAGUGAGGCGUUCAGAUGGCAACACAUAUGGAAGUCUGAUCUGCACAGUUUGAUUGAGGUUUGAACUGGACUUGUAUGGCCGAGCUUUGUAGAUAACAUCCAUCUCGAAUCGCGACAGGGUGACGCUGUCGCGUUUUCCUAUCAAUGAGCACGAUGAGUGACACAGGAAAAACAACAGGGCGAAGUCGAAUGGGGAAUUUGUGGCGGUUGAGUUCAGCCACAUCUGGUGAUUGCGCGUCUAUCACUUCGGGGUCACCAAUUUGCAGCGGCUCAACAGUGAGAAUAAGUGCUCUGAGCGCUACAACCACCAGUUCGAAUCUCAAGUAGUGAGAAGAAGACAAAAGGCACCAGAAUGUGGGGUUUAUUGUGCACAGAACCCGGAGUUUUCCUCUCAGGCGACAGUGGCCACUAGCUAAGCCAGGGCUGGUGUUGACUGCGUCCAGUCAAGCCUGAGAGUCCCUGAGAUAGUGGUGGCAGCCGCUUUUGUAGGCUUGUGGGACAAGCUCAAGUGGUGGCCAGUCCGCUUGCGUUGCAUUUGCCGAGGGGUGGUGCCCCAGUCGCUUGUUUUACUGGUUGCAGGGGGUGGGGUGCGUUCAAGUGGUCGCAUGGGCAGCUGCGACUGCGCGGACGCACGUAUGCCCGAGCUGUUGGUUUUGUGACUUUAGGUCACCUCGUCUGGGACGGCUCGCUGCAGGGGAUGAAUGACCUUGAGGCAGCGAGGUCUGGAACAAUGACGCCAGACCGGUCAUGAUGUCUGGCUGUUACAUGUCCUCCACUGCGAUGACAAGCUCCCUGUCCUCCUUGACAUCUCGAAGAGGCAUUGCCAGCUCUGCCGAUAGUUCAGCCGAGGCAGUGGCUAUACAGCUAUCAAAUCCAGUGCUAUGUUGUCAGAAGACGUUGAUACAGGCCCUCUGUCUUUCAUGGCCACUGCCGACCUCAGAUGGUUAUUGCACGCUUUCCCCACCUCCUGAUGACCAAUUUGUGGUGACCACCACUCCAUAAAAAAUGACGCCAGACUGGCCAUGGUGGCUGCCCGCAUCUUUGUAACUGUCGCGGUCUGCAGUCACAAGUCACAGUGUUUAUCUCACCACUCGUCCCUGUGGCCAAAAAAAACUUACUCACGAAAACUUCUUGCUAUCCACCCUUUCCCACGGACGUCAUUUUCAUGUCCGAAGGGUUUAUUCAUGUUUUUUUAUCAACUAACAAGCGAGGUGUUCGUUCGUAGUACGGCCUUUUGUCACGUCGUAUAACGAGCUGCGGCAUGAUAAGCGGCGUACUUUAAGGAAGGUCGGAAUAGCUUAAGAGGGGCAUUGUGAACAUUGUGCUGUGAAUUCACAGAGGAGGUGUUUCGUAAACAACUGCUUCCGCCAACGAACUAACACUUGUCAAGCCUGGGGUAAGAUGUGACACUUAUAAAUCGUAUCAACUGUUCACACGUUCGUUCUUCGUGUAAGUAUAAUGGCCUGAUGGUAAAUUACCGAAAACCUGUGUUGACCAAGUGCCUUUACAGGAAAAGCAUGGCUAAAUUCGGACGCUAAGAGAAUCAGCCUAUCGGCCACAUUCAAUGACUAUACUCUGAAGUGUCUAGGGGUAUUGUCAGCCAGAGAUUUGCAUGAGAGAACAAAACAGGUGCUAGAUAUCCCUGAAGACGUGUCACUCAAAAAACCCAAUACAUAGUUUGUCACUCAAAUAGUAGCGAAAAUGGAAUUUUCAGGGCACAUGUAAAAAGAAGAUGCACUUGUAGAGGAGAUUUCGGAUACUCAUCUUCGGGAGCAGACGAUGAAGGCGUAAUAGAGUCAAGGCGACUGAUUAUCGUCACGGCGGGAAUGACAGAGUCCACGAUAAGAGGGCACUGGCGAUGCAGCCAUCAGUCAACACACCACAUAAAUGAGAGCCGUUCAAAGGGAUCUCCAGUUUCCGAAUACUGAUUGAUGAAGUCAGUACGCCGAUUCAAAGCAAAUAUUUCCGUUAAACAUCUCGUCUUCCUUUGAUGUGGCUAGUCCCGGUUGCAUCAACACAUCCGCUAUUCACCUGGUACACAGAAUUCAUUCGUUUGCAAAAGUCAGCUAUUAACUGAACAGCAUGUGCAUGGUAGAUUUCCAAGAAUUCAUUGCGAUGACAAAUUCUGGGUUGAUCGGACCAUAAUAGCCAUAGGAGAAAGCUCAGCGCAAUUUCAAACUGAAGGAGUAUUUGGCUAAAUGCAUUCGGAGAGCACACGGCAUGGAAUCCCAGAGAGUGUCAAUAGCAACCAAAAACAAGCAUUAUCCAUUGCGACCACAUUCAUAACAAGUAAAAGUAUGUGAAGAGAUGAGUCACAGGAAGCAGUUGCGAAGAAGGAGGCACGAUCAAUGGGACAAGAUCUUCAUUCGCCAGGCAUUUCGGAUUCCUGCUCGAACCCAUCAUCAGAGACAAAAGCAGAUACGGGGGGCUUCAGUAUUUAUAGGGUGCAGUCGCCAUGCUACCGCAUACCUAUGAAAAUUCACGACCCUCCCCCUUAUCAGAGUUCGUUACACUUGGUGUGAUGACCAUUUUAUGGCCGACAUUCGCGUCGUUAAUUGCUGCAAUUUCAUCAGGGGUGUUGGAUUUUGGUGUGGUGAUUGCUCGACCAUCUGACCCACGGACCCCGGCGUUAGGAAAAGUAUUCGUCUGUGCCCUCCCGCAUGGCUUACAACUCCGUCUAGGCGAAGUCCCAGAACCGAGUAUGGAAGGGGAAGGACGUUGUGUUUCUUAAUAGACUGGGGCCAGUGAAUCAUGCUCCAAGCAGCUCGCGGUUCACACGGUUGUCAGCUCUAGCGAGAAUAAUGGUCUCGUUGAAUUUGAAUAUGUGACCGGAUCUCGUCGAAUGAGCCGAAAUGCGCUGCAUACAAGUCCCCGUGAACGAGGAUUUAGCGAGAAGAGCAGUAUUUCAGCACCGCAGAACGAUGGUCUGAGUGCUCAUCGAAGACUGCAAUACGAAACUUCUCAAGUACCGUCAAAGGAUUGGCCAAUAUAAGGUCAGAAGCUGUGUGUUCAUGGACGAGGUCGGUACAGAGCGUGGCUGAACGAGUUCGCGAACAGAGAGUGAUACGCGCGCAGCACUGGAGAACAAAUUCCGAAGGCUGCCAACCCAACGCCGCCGUGUUGAAUGAAACUUUAUGCCGUAACAUCUGCAUCUGAUCAUCCGCCAGCCCCGCUGACAUCAGGUUGUGCACCACUUUGUCGUUUUUGUCUCGAUGUUUACUGGCUUUUCCUCUAAGCUCUUGUCGAAACUGUCCUUACCGUUCAACAGGACCAUCGUAGUCCUACGCCAUAAACGGAUAACUGAUAUCCUGAAUCAUAAGCCUUCCUCAAGAGUAGAAGUAGUCUCGCAAAUAUUGCGUUUUUAUAGUCAUUUUAAUUAGCUGGUGCGAAAUUUGUUUAUUCGGCCGUUGCAUUUCCUCUCAUUCGUCAUGCUGAGGUACAAAUAUGAAUGGCCUAUUAAGUUGUCAUGGCACUGCUAGUGAUUAUGACUGAAUGCUGACAAAAUUGCUCGACCACUGUUGGGACUGGAUUCUGGGGAGCCCAAAUCCAAUGUCGAAUUUGACGUUUAAAAUUCAUUAAUGUCACAUACUGGUUAAUGAUGCAGAUUGAGGAUCGCCUAUUCUCGCAGCCUAGCCGCUGCUUAUAUCCUUGUAGGUUGGAACUAACGCAUAUUAGAGCUUUUUACGCUAGAGAAAUGUAUUCAUUACGAUCUGACCCUUGUUGUUUACGCCUAAUUGGCGACAUUUCGCCAGUUAAUUAGAUCGAAAACACUUAAACUACUUUCUUUAAGCAAAUGCACGCGAACUGACUGAUCCGUUAAAAUUAUUAAUCAAACGAAACACCAAUAACGCCAUCCUACUUAGAUUUGAGGGCACCGCAUUCCUCAGGUUGAAUAGUCUCCUCACUUCUCUAUCGGCCAAUAGAAAAUUCGCUUCAAUUGUAGAACCCAGUAAAUGUGCAACUUCGAUGUAGCCAAUCAUAGCGGCCUCAGCAAACAGCUGCUUAAAUAGGAUCCAAGUGCACUUUGCACGACCCUUCGAAGUAUGAAGUGCGAGGACGCUAAUAAGGCGACCCGCUUCACAGCGGUAGUAGCUGCCAUCUUCAUGAUGUUCACUCUGGGAUAUAUAGGCUCACAGGGUAAGUACUCACAGUAAAAUCUCAGCGUGACUUUGUUUUUAAUAAAGGCAAUUUGUCACCGUACAUAAUUUCCUAUCUACGCAAGUACGUGGACCCAUCCAUACACAACAGUCAUGUUGUGUGGCUCACUGCUGCCGCUCUGGCAUCUCAAGGUGUGAUCAUGCCCCUCUCGGGCCCGUUAAUUCAUAAACUCGGAUUCCGCGUAAUUGUUUUUGCCAGUUUUAUCUUAUAUAGGUAAGUAUCCUCCGAGGCUCAAACUGAUUAUAAUUCUCACUGUUGAGUUUUUAAGAAGGCACUUUCAUAAAGCAUCUUAGUACAUGCUUCCAAAUCCCUGGUGUCAGUAACCGCUAAAUACUGGUUGAGCUUGACUGACUGUAACACCUGAAAGAGCUUUUGCUGCUUAAGCCAUUUGGGUAGAUUGUUAAAGUUGGUGCUGCAUGAUUUAAUGAAUUAGCUCGAGUUACGUGGCAUCCACCGGACAGGGACCUGAGGUCAAAAUACUUCCCACUAUUAGGGCUUUGGGCGUUUGCAUGGACAUCCAGAGUUGGCCCUCAAAUCCGGUUUCCGGGAAGAGGGCGGGGGGAGUGCAUUAGACCAAAACGGCGUGCGCAUAUCGAUGAUGAAAUUGCGACGAUUAACAACCCGGACGUGGACUGACGACCCAUCAUUGCAUCAAUUACGACCCCAACCGGUGAUCGCAAGAGCUGUCAAUUAUAGUAUGCAUGUGAUCCCACGGCAGCUUCCUUUAUAUAUGACUGUCUCUGAUUAGGAGUCCGAGGGAGAAUCCGACACGUCAGGCCAAUAAAUUUCUCGUUUCAACGUCUUCUUACCAUGAGUUGCUUCCUGGGACUCGCCUGUUCGUUUCUAUCUACAGUACGCUUGUCUGGCUGCGUAGAAUCCUCAUGAGCACAUACUGUGAGUGACCUAUCUCAUGAAAUGUGGGCUGAAAUUCUGAAAUGCGUUUUCGAUUAGGAAGGAUUACUUGGUCGCGGUUGUUAUACUGAUUAUCUUGUGGUAUACUCUUAUAACAUUUCAGACUUGGCAGGAUGUCGGCUUUUAAACGCACUUCUUUUCAAUCUCCUGUGGAAAGCGUGCUCGGUAAAAAAUGACUACUUAAGUAGCAUGCGUUUUUCCCAUUGAUUUUCGAUGGUCUUGGAAAUUCAGACAUAUUUUAUAGAAACCACAAACAAAAAUAUGCUUUCUUUUAGUCAAUCAAUAGAGAAUUACGUCUUCUUUAUAUUUUAUACUUAGGGAAUGGGUAUAAUUAGGUUUUAAAAAAGUUUUCUAAUUGCCGAAAAAUUUGGAGCCUGAUCAUUCGUUGAAUUAGCGCUUAGUGAUUACACUCUACAAGGUGCAUGCGUUCCGCGUAAAGAAAAUCACAUAUUCUUCUAUGCCGUUAAAGAGAUAUCAUACAGAGUCCAUAAAAUUGUGCAAUGGAUGCGGACCAUGUUGUACAUUUCAUGAGGAGCAGUGGUAAACGGCCAGGUACGAUGCUAUGUGAAUGGACAUAUCGCGGUCUUAAAAAGUCUCAUAAUUAGAAACGUUUUUAAAAGCUAAUUAUACUUCUUCCUUAAGUAUAAAAUAUAAAGAAGACAUGAUUCUCUAUUGACUGACUAAAAGAAAGCAUAUUUUUGUUUGUGGUUUCUAUAAAAUAUAUCUGAAUUUCCAAGACCAUCGAAAAUCAAUGGGAAAAACGCAUGCUACUUAAGUAGUCAUUUUUUUACCGAGCACGCUUUCCACAGGAGAUUGAAAAGAAGUGCGUUUAAAAGCCGACAUCCUGCCAAGACUGAAAUGUUAUAAGAGUAUGCCUUAAGCUAAUCAGUAUAACAACCGCGACCAAGUAAUCCUUCGUAAUCGAAAACGCAUUUCAGAAUUUCGGCCAACAUUUCAUGAGAUAGGUCACGCACUGUAGCUACGGCCAAACAUGCGCGUGUUUUGCGGCAGGUCUUAGACUUACACAUUCUCCCUACGACCGCCACCGCAGUCAAGCCUAAAAUCGGACAGUAGAGAGUGCGGGGGGGGGGAAAUCCCUCCUCACGACAUACGACACUUUGCUCAGCAUAAUGGACCUGAGCCAAUUGAUUCUAUCCAGACACAGUAAAAGUCGUGGGUUCAAAGUCCUCCAGCUGGGUAAAUAGCACGGUAUUCUCGAGACCUGUUGAGUGCGACCUUUGUGGCAUUCCCCCCCCCCCUCCAGGCGUGAGACCAGAGUCGUGUUUGAAGAGGCCCAGUUCCUGCGAUGGGAUCAGAUCGUGUGUGGCGCAUGCAGACGAACUGUUCGGGUUUUUCAGUCACUGCGCUUGCCCCCAUCUCCAUCUGUCCUCCAUUCGUGGAAGGUGAGUCAAGAAUGAGUGAAUGCAGCGGAUGCUGGGCAAAUCUGCCCCACUACAAACCACUUUGGGGGGCAAAUCGUCGCUUCUGCGGCCACUCCGUGCUGCGUGCAGUGGACAUCACUGUUUGCAACGCUCGAACUGCCGGUUCUUAGCCGACUCAUAAUUGGGCUGCCCAACCCUCGGCUGUCGUUCAUGCCUUAGCUUACAGACGUACGCCAUCAGCUAGCUUCUGCCUACAAUACAGCUUCGGCCGGUUUGAUUGAUGCUUAGGUUGAGCUUGUAUGAAACCUCGAGCUGACAACUUUCCUUGGCUUCCAGAACUUGACAUUUGGCCAUCCGCUGCAGUCCUCUCUAGAAUGGCGCCUUAGUCGACUUGAUUUAUGUUUCGACUAAUAUAUCCGGUUGGUGUCUAGGCUUCGCGUGCCGUCUUGUACGUGCUCGACACGUGGCUCUAAGAGUCUCCCACCUGUACAGGUCAAAACCUUCGGCGGCUGAGCAGUAGCACACCGCGGUAGCUUACUCAACGUCUACUUCUGCUCAGAAUGCGCAUUUAGUCGAUUUCUUCGAGGCUUUGAGGCUUCUUCUGUUGGAUUUUAGUGGGUUUGUCAGGGAACUCUGCCGGAAUCAUCCGUUUGGGAAAUUGACACGCCCCACGAAUCCUGGUUGUUGCCUAUCCUACCAGCUGACCCAAAGGUCUGGUUUCGUGAAACACAGACGUGACGUUAACAGAUUCCUAACGUAAAGGGAUAAUAAGCAGAUUAUUUGAGGCCCUCAAGCGUCGAUUAUUCCAGUGCUGUUGGCUGGGCAAACAAAUGGCGGAUUUCAGUCUGCCGUUUAUGAUAAAAGAGCGCGCUCUCCGGAACAAAAGUGCAGCAUGGCUGCCUCACUUGGCCUCAGCUGUUGGUCCCUCCGAUAUGCCGCCCGAGCGUGAAAACGGAAAAUUUGGCAAGUGAAAUACCCCUUCCAAAGAUUGCGUUUCGUGCUUCUCCGCUUGUCUGUCAAAGUAGUUAUCUUCAAAAUUUGCUAGAAAUCAGUAUGCGAUAAAUAAUUACCACCAGUGAGUCCUAGUAGGGUUCGCAUUUAUCACAAGUAUAUUCAUUUAAUGAGAGCAACGCGGAUGUGUAGUACUGAUGACGAAUGCACACUUUGCUUUCAACGAAGGGACAGGUGAUUAAAGAUUCUGGGGAUCGCCUGAGCUGCCGGCAAUCAUUCCGUGUGGAUAGACGAAGACGGUGGCAUAAGAUCCGUUGGCUGAUGAGCAUUAGACAGUUCAUCACAGCCAUUAUCCCGCUGCCAUUGUUGCCAGAUGCACAAUGAUUUGCACAGUUGAAGCAUUUCCUCAUUAAGUGUUAGAAAAUGUUCGUAAGUGUGUCUUUUGACGUCGUAAGUUAACCUGGACUUCAAUACCCGUAAAAUCUCUAGAUAUAUCAGUCGCGUCAGGAUGCUUAUUUUCGAAUGAGCAUCUUUCCAGCCGACUGUAAAAACUACACUCGGCAAAAAAUUACUACUCUAGAAGCAUACAUUUUGCCCAUUAGUUUUAGAGGCCCUUAUAAAUUCGCAUUGGUAUUAUAAAAAGCAUCAACAGAAAUGUCCCUUAUUAUGCAUAUUCUGAGGAAACGUAUGCCUUUGUAAAUUUAAAGGUCACGGAAUUAGUGGCCUCUGGUUUGAUUGGGUUCGUAAUUAUGAGAUUUUUUAAGGCCGCAAAAUGUCUAUUCAAAAGGCAUCGUAUCUGUUCAUUUACUAAUGUUAUCCGUCGGGCAUUCAUCAUGGCCUACAUCCAUCGCAAGGCCUUAUGAGUCUUUUAUGACUAAUUUUUAGUAGCGUAUAGAAAUGCCUGGUUCUCAUCACAUGAAAAAUAUACGUUUAUUAGAUACGAAACUUCGGAGGCAAGUGUGGCAGUAGGUGCGGUACGAAAUUCUUCGGGAAUUGAAAAAGUUUUCCGUAGCCAAAACUUACCUAAUUUGAUAAAUACGUAACUGUCAACGCGUUUUUCGAAUGAUAUAUUUAGAUUUAUAAGGACAUUGGAAAUCAAUGGUUAAGAUGACUGCUUAAUAAGUAGUCACUUUUUACGGAAUGCAGUCUCCACUGGCUGCCCAAAAAACCCAUCCAAAAGCCGGUAUCCCGACGAGACUAAAAUAUCUUUGGACUCUGCUACAAGAUAAUCAAUACAUUGUCCUCUAUAAAUAAUCAUUUAGAACCAGAAAGAUCUAAUUUGCACUCUACGAGGUCCGCCUGUGAAGCUGCAUCAACAUCCUUAUUUCAGCUGUCAUCCUUGACACCGGAAAAAAGAGCAAUCUGCAUGGGUCUUUCUCAAUUCCUACGAAACCUUUCAGCGCAAGGGUUAGAGUUCGGGAAAUAUAUAAGUGGAGGCCUUCAAAUCCUCAUAUUCCGCUAAGUGGGUUUUAGUAUAAUUUACGGAAAAUCGACAGAACUCAGUAAAAGCUCGGUUUAAGGAGGUGAAGGGAAACGUCAGAGGACAUUAAGUCCGCUAGUAUGUAGCAAACAAUUGUUGCCUUGUUCAACGACGAAUAAACCGAUCGAUCCGUCAGGGCUUGCGGCCCUAAAUAACGGCAGUUCAAUAACUGCAGUUCAAUGCUCCGGUCGUUUCUAAACUGCAACCGCAAAGUGCGAUAACUUGCAUCGUGUACGACAUGUGCACUCUUCUUGGCUAUGUAAGGGAGAGAAAACCACAAUCUUGUCGAAACAUUUAAAACCAAGUAUGCUUUUCGUGCCAAAUCGGUGAUUUUGGCACGAGGUUAUACUUGUUGUCCAGUGGAGGGGCGUUGACAUACUGUGGGAGGCUUAGAACUUAUCACAGCAUCUAUAAUAGCGGAGUUAGCGGGCUAAUAAACAGCGAAUGUGAAUCAGUAGCUAAGUGAGUUAAUGGAGGAACACAUUAUCUGCAGAACACAUUAUGUUUACGGAACUGCCGGUUUUUAUCACAGAGUGUGCUUAUGCACGAAAGGGUUUUAUCAGGUUCCGUUGAACAUUAUGUCAAAAUGACUGGAGCCUAGUCAAUGAGCAGUCGCCUCCAAACGAUUACCUCUUCGAUAGAAUGUCAGGAGACGUUUGAGUAUCGUUCAACUGUAAUACCCAUACUUUAUGAUAUGCAAUGAGAAACAGGUUAGUAAAAUUAGCCGCCAUAAAAGGAGGCGAUGCUUCAUAUUUUUUAAGGCAUAACUCUUUAAUAAAUAAUGAUGAAUUUGCCAAAAUGCAGUGUUAACUGCAGAGGCUGCGCUUUUAUAGUUUGACCAACGCUUCAUGCUCCACAUACGAAGGAACGGUUGUCUAAAACAGAUUACUAUCAGUUUAUUUAUCCUUGAACAUUAGAAAGAGGCUAAAUGCUUACAAACGGAGACGAUGCUGUGCGUCUCAGUCAAAAGCGAAUUGGCAGCACAUAUGCUACUAACUUUAAAUGAUCCUCAGAGAUUCAGUUCCCCAUAUCUGUCAAACGUCAUUUGUUUUUGAUAGUUGUGAUGCCCUUUUAGUUAGAAUGCCUGUCGUUCUAAUCUGAACUUGUAACUGGGCGUUAUAUGCAUGCAGUUCCCUCCUAAGCCUAAGAUAUUAAAAUGUUAUGGACGGUUGACAUUCUUAUUUAUGUUGGGUACUCUUGUCUUGCACAAACACAUUCUCCUUGUUCUGUUAGUCGACUGGUACAUGGCAUUUGAGCUAGCUAUGUUAAAAACCAUUGUUAAAAUCAAACGUCAAUAUCAUGGCCACGAGAAUGGACAUACGCCGAUUUACUGAAUGACCGAAACUAACAAGUUCAGAUUAGAUGGCAAAGAUUGCAGACAGACAAUCGUUUUUUCAGACUGAACUCAAUCAGUCUAAGAUGGUGAAGGAAAAUGCCGCUGCUUCUGAUUGAAUAAAGACAGAGUAAGUCGACGGGGUGCGUCCAUAUGACUGCAUCGUCAUUAGCAUGGUUUUCGAUGCCGCAAAUGCUUAUUCAGGAUAGAAACAGUAUCUACUUAGUUUAAGUUACCAGCUUCCUGGUUGCUUUUAUCCCACUGCAUUUGUUUUAUUUCAGUGGAGGAAUAUUGCUGAGUUACUUUACAAUAAAGAUCAAUUUCGGCGUCUUCCUAUUGACCCAAUACUUAAUGCUUGGCACGGGACUUGGCUGCUGCUACAGUCACUUGCUCGCCUUGGCUGCCUCCGUAAGUGCGCCUCAACACUAAUUUCAUAUGUUUCCUGACAUACAUAAACGGAAGAUGAAUACAGUUGGAAGGUUCAGUAUUAACUUGAAAUUAUUAAAGUAGCCCCUAGUGACAGUGAGUGUAUUUUUUUACAAAUUGGAUGUCUAUAGAUCAAUUUAAAUACCUCUACAAGAUGUCUGCUUUGACCUACCAGUGACCUAUCAAAUUCUUCCUUUCCAUUUGAGGGAAAUGCACAUUGCCGCAAAUAUGUGUGUUGGCUUCACAUAAGUAGGAUCAUAUAAGUAGGUUAGUUUUCAGAAUAAUGCCAUUUCACAUGAAACUCGCUCAGGGCCUAAUUCUAGCUGCGUCGGACAUGGGAUCCUAAGAAAAUAUAAAGUCCAGUAUUCACUUUUAAUGUCUUUUUUAAUCUUCCAUCCAGAAAAUGAAAAAAAACGAUUGCGGCUUUAUCACGGUUCCCAUUUCAGCCAUUUGAAACUAUCAUUUGGUUAGAAAGAAAGUUAAUAAUUGAGCAAUGUGAACGCAUCAUUAAACGGUCCUUUGUAAUCCGGAGACUUUUUCGUGAAGGUUCUUGUCUUAAGACGCGGAAUAUUUUAGUGAAAACGAAUAAAGUUUUAUUUAAGUUCUGCCAAAAGACUUUGGCGCAACUCGGCUGUUAGAGCACGCAAAAUGUCAUCCAAAUGAGCCAAGUAUUCCCUUGGUGCAGUGCCGCGCUAAUAGUUCUUUUCCCUUAAACAUGAUAUGAACCAUGUAGCUCGUGAAACUAAUUUGAAAGAGCAUUGAAAGAAGCAUUGAAAAUCAUUGGAAAAAUGCGGCUGCUGCUACUGGCUCAUGUGUUCUUGGCCAAGAGGUACGCAACUUGCUCACUAAAAAUCCACGGGGCUAUACUCAGUCGCUUGCAAUAAAUGAUGCAUCUGUUGACUACCUACCUCAUGAAGUGUUGGCUGAAAUCCUGAAAUGCGUUUUCGAUUAGGAAGGAUUACUUGGUCGUGGUUGUGAUACUGAUUAUCAUAAGGCAUACUCUUAUAACAUUUUAGACUCGGCAGGAUGUCGGCUUUUAAAUGCACUUCUUGUCAAUCUCCUGUAGAAAGCGUAGACAGUAAAAAAUGACUACUUAAUUAGCAUUCAUUUUUCCCGUUGAUUUUCGAUGGUCUUGCAAUUUCAGAUAUAUUUUAUAGAAACCAUGUAUAAAAGUAUGCUUUCUUUUAGUCAGUGAAAUGAGAAUCACGUCUUCUUUAUAUUUUAUACUUAAAAAAGGAGUAUAAUUAGGUUUUAAAAAAGUUUCCAAUUAUGAGACUUUUUAAGACCGCGAAACGUCAAUUCACAUAGCAUCGUACCUGGCCGUUCACCACUGCUCCUCAUGAAAUGUACAACAUGGUCCGCAUCCAUUGCACAAUUUUAUGGACUCUGUAUGAUAUCUCUUUAACAGCAUAGAAAAAUAUGUGAUUCUCUUUACGCGGAACGCAGGCACCUCGAAGAGGGAAAUCACUAAGCGCUAAUGCAGCGAAUGAUCAGGCUCCAAAUUAUUCGGCAAUUAGAAAACUUUUUAAGACCUAAUUAUACUCCUUUCUUAAGUAUAAAAUAUAAAGAAUACGUGAUGUUCUAUUGAUUGACUAAAAGAAAGCAUAUUUUUGUUUAUGGUUUCUAUAAAAUAUAUUUAAAUUUCCAAGACCAUCGAAAAUCUAUGGGAAAAAUGUAUGCUACUUAAGUAGUCAUUUUUUACCGAGCACGCUUUUUACAGGAGAUUGAGAAGAGGGGCAUUUAAAAGCCGACAUCCUGCCAAAUCUGAAAUGUUAUAAGAGUAUGCCGCAAGAUAAGCAGUAUUACAACCGCGACCAAGUAAUCCUUCCUAAUCGAAAACGCAUUUCAGAAUUUCAGCCAACAUUUCAUGAGAUAGGUCACUCACUGUAAGUUCAAGUGUUGUGCGAAGUCAUUGGCAGGCAUUUUAUGCGUAAAAGACCAAAAUAUGCAUGUAUAUACGGUAUCUGUGCAAUCACAUAGCAUUUCUGGUGACAUUUUGAAAUCGAUUUUUAAUUAGAUGUAGCGCAAAAUUAUCCGAAAAUUUUGCAUUUACGCCAGGAUGCCGGCAGCCUGAAAAACCACACUCAGUAUUAAGCACUCAAGUAUGUAAUAGAUUUCUUUACUAACACUUUUUGAUGUCAGUUUAGACUCAAAUAUAUUUUUCAGAAAACAAGCAUAAAAUAUUGUUUCACUAAAGCCUUCAGUGGCAGAUUAUAUUCCACCGGCAAUUUUUGCACUUUAUGAAAUGGAUUUUUUGUUUUAGAAAACGUCUUUAAUUAUGAGAUUUUUAAAUCACAAAACAUCCAUUGAUGCAAUUUGGUACCCUGCCCACACAGGGUUUAAGAUCAACGCUUUUUGGCCAAAAACGGCACGACGACAGCGCUUGUAUCUUUUUACUCCUCGGCCUAGUAACCUACGAUUUCUUAUUUCUAAGCAUGAAGAAAAGCCCACAUGGAAGCGCUUGAAGAAGAUAGAAAGGUUGAAAAAGAAUUGAUGGAGACCCAUGACAGCAUAUACAAAUAUUUCUAAUAGGGGCUUAUCCACUAGAUGAAGUGCACACUAUCUAGUUGAACAUUUGAAAUAGGGAUAAUUUUUUUAAGAUGUCGCUUUAAAUUAAAAUGAUUACAUGAACUAUUAUUGUCCUUUUGAGUACCCCUAGGUUAUUUCCACCAGGUUCAUCGCCGAAUAAUUUCAACGUCAAGGAUCUAGGAAGUCUUACAAUCUACAUUUGAAACCUCUGGGCUAAAAAUGACCUUAAUAACUAAUUCAUUGAGAGAAAUUUUUAGAAUACCGCAUUCUACGACGGAUGAAUGCUAAAGUACGACACUGAAAAUUUGCUUUGGUGAUUGUACCUCAUCGCAUCCAUACCUACUGAUCGUACUUCCUAACCAAUACUUAGUGCUUUCCAAAACAACGAGGCUUGAUCGUGGGUUUAUGUGUCUGUGGAUUUGGGUCCGGCGCCAUCGUCCUGACUCCCCUGCAAACGCUUCUCAUCAACCCCAACAAUAUCCAUGUCAACAACGAAACUCAGUAAGUUCUGCCCUCCUGCUGCUCUGGUUGCAUUUUUAUUUUCCUGUCCCGUUAUCGCACAGCCGUCUUCCUGCAAUAACCCCCAUCUGAGGUCACUUAUAUCCAAUGAGGUGGAGCAGGUCAGCGGCACAAACCGUUUCUUCAUAUACUUUGCGAAUUUGGCCAAUUAUGACUUUGAACAGACGCACAGAGUAACUUGAGUUUGCACUGGAUAUCCACUUCCCGAACUGCUUAAAGACUUGCAUUGUCUCCAGCGUUUCCGUCUCAGAUUUUAUGCGUGAAGAUGUCCGUUAUUGGUUAACCAACGACUUGGAUAUCCUUCAGGUAGUUUGCCACAGAUAAUAUCUUAAUUGAAUAUGCAAUGCCUUAUUCAAAGAUAUCAUAGCCCUAUUGUGACCAGUAGUUUUGGGACAUGGAUGGUACAUGCACUGGAAGGGCCCAACUCGCUGUCAUAAUUUGGUAAAGCCAAACGAUGUUCAACACGUCGGCUAAGGUUUCAUGGAUUGUGGCGAACGCUUCAAUGGUUCCGGGGAGGCACUGUUUGAAAGGGUGUCCCCGAUUAAUCUGAAAGCCUACGCUGACGCUUCAACGCGAGUUUUACUGUUGAAGAAGAUCGUCGUAACCUGCUGUUUGCGCAGUACAAGAGUGUUCUCGAUGUCAGGCGGCUGACCAGCUCAGUGAGUGGACUGCUGCCUGUGGGUGGGGAGAAAGGGAGAGCAAUGCGACGUCUCAGUACAUUUUCCACACAAUAAACAAUCUUACACGCCAGAAUAUAUCCCAGUACGCUCAGAACCGUGGCUUUGAGGGUGGCGGACGGACAAUUUUACGCAGACCUCGCAGUCGGCCUGUGAGUUGCGUAAGGGGCCAGCUCUCCCGCUCUGUCGGCUCUUGCGCCCGACUCCGCCCCCGAUCUUCAUGACGCUGUCUUGACACCAUGUCCGGGUGGGUGAGAAGGUGAGUGUGCGGUAUAUGCAACGCAAGUCUGCUACCAUCUACAAACAAAUGCAUCCGUAACUUACCGUCUUUGCCCUCACUCUAAUGUAUUGCAUACCCUGGACUUAACCGAAGUAGACGGAUAAACUGCCGUAGUAUUAAAUUAGUGUAAUCUGAGCCGCGUAAUCAGUUCUAACGCAGAACGGAGCCCUAAAUACUCCAAUAAAGAUAGAAAAUAUUUGUUGGUUUUUAAAAAAGAUUUGGAUUGCGAAAUACUUUUUUCUUACUUUCCGUUAAAAUUUCAUUCAGGGUUUCACAACUACAUUGCGUAUGCAUUCAACCAAAGCCAAACGAUGUUCAACACGUCGGCUAAGGUUUCACGGAUUGUGGCGAACGCUUCAAUGGUUCCGGGGAGGCACUGUUUGAAAGGGUGUCCCCGGGUGUCAACCUGUGCUAAACCCCCUCUGAGGUCACUUACAUCCAAUCAGGCAGAAUAUGUCAGUGUCACAAACCGUUUCUUCAGAAAAUGAAGAUGCGAUCACUGGAACAAGAAAUUUAUUUGCCUGACGUUUCGGAUUGUCACUCGAAUCCAUCAUCAGAGACAUUCGCAGAUAAAAGUGAUGGUGGCACCAGGAGUGCAGCAUUUAUAGCACGUGACUGCCGUGGGACCGUAUGCGCACUGCAAUUAACAGUUCUCGCAAUCACCUCUGGGGGUCGUAAUUGAUGUGAUUGUGGCUUGUCAGUCCGAGACCGAGUCGUUAAUUGCCGUGAUUUCGUCAUCCGUGCUGGAUGCUGGUGGGACGUUUCUUCAAACACUCUGCUAAUUUAACCAAUUAUGACUUUGAACAGACACACAGAGCGACCUGAGUUUGCCCAGAAUAUCCACUUCCCGAACCGCUUAAAGACUUCUAAGUACCCACUUACAUUGUCUCCAGCAAUUCCGUCUCAGCUUUUGUGUGUGAAGUUGGCCGUUAUUGGUUAAUCAAUAAAUUCGAUAUUCUCCAGGUGGUUUGCCACAAAUAACAUAUAAACUGAAUAUGUAAUGCCGAAAAUCUUUAUCUUAAAAGCGAGGCAUUCAUUUGACAACUCGGGCGUUUGUGAAAAAAAUGGAGAAGACUGGAUUUAUUACCAAAGGAGUACAAGAAAGAAUAUUGUUGAUCAUGUUUUCUAUAAGGUAUAUUGGAAUUCAUAAACGCACAAUUCUUGUUAUUAAAACCCUUAUUAAGUCGUCUUUUUUAAUCUAAAACAUAUUCCAGAUUUUCGGUUAACAUUCCAUAGGAUAGCCAUUUUCUGUGUGGUUUGUAUAAGCAAAACCAACAGUCAGUUACGCACGGUUUGGGGGUGACUGUGCAGGUCUAUCUAUGCCUGGCUGAGCUCUCAUUCCAGGCCGAGGUUGCAAUCACCUUGCGGCAUGUUUUUCUUUCAACGUGCUGAUGCUCGUGAUAGCCGCGAAUUUGAACUCAUGAUCGGUCUCGAAGAUGUGGGCAGCCACAUGUGAGAAUUGGACGUUCUCUUGUCCAGCUAGCUCAUGUUCGUGUGUGCGCGAUCCGAGCAUGUGUUCAGUCAGACCUGCGUGGGAGAAAGAACAGUUAAGGCGCAGAAUUCGAUACAGUACUCCAGAAUGCUCAUCGGUACUUAAUCUGUCCUCGAUUUUCAUGGAGCUGUGUCGAAAACUCUUCACUAUCGUGCUGUAGUCGACGGGUCUUCAGUCACUGUAUCGAGAAAGACUUUGGGUGCGUUCUUUAAUUUACAUCCACCACUGUGAACAAACAGCGCUAAAGGACAGGUAUUUCACUAACAGAUAAGGAGUUAAAAUUCAUUUCUGCUAAAUAAUUGGAAAUCCAAAUGACUGUUCCUUCUUCAAGAAAACUCAAGUUUCAUUUCUGUCACAUGCAUCAAAACUGUCAAAAUAGCACUAAAGGUUCCUAAUAAUAACGAAUUACGCCUGCUUUUGUGCUACGCGUUGUGCACCUGACUCCGAAACUUUGAGUAAUUAUUUAACACUUACCAGUACCACAAUAUCGAACAACCCAUUUUCACAACGUCAACCGCUAUAGACCGAGGAUAUUCGUUUUCCCUAACAAGAGAAUAAUAGGGUUGCAUGCUGUUAUUUAACUUAUUUUACCCUCUAGCUGAAGCCUCUCACCCCUCUUUUGCAGAAUGUUUGAAGACGAGGAGCUUUUACAUCGGGUACCGAGGGCAUUCCUCAUAAUUGGAGGAAUCUUGGCAGGCAUACAGCUGAUUGCUUGCAUGGUUAUGCGGCCGAAACCAUCCGAUGAGAAGGCUUCACUUGUACGUUCGUUUUUUAAUUGAUAAUUUGCUCUUUAUUCAGAGCUUCUCUGUAUAACGUUUCUUCUAUCUCUUAAAUUUAGACCUCGAGCAAGUCUAAUGGUCUAAAAGUUGAACCGUAAGCUUUUUUCUCUCAAAACCAUGCUCGGUUAAGCGCCUUUCUGUGUAAUUAAACUUUUAUAUUACUAUGACUGGUUAAAACCGAAUUCGCAAAUUAAACACUGUUGUAUAGGUAGAAGGAUGUUACUGCCAUAUGCAGCGUGUCCCACCCAUAAUGCCAAAGUUACAUGAAAAGUCCCGGUUUUCAGAACGGAUUCCUACUGUACGAAUAAAUAUCGAAAUCUCUUGAUUAGGUUGCAAUGGUCCUCACCAAUCAUUGCAAAAUCACGGCAACCUAUAUGUCUUAACCAGCGGACUUAGUAUCAACAUGCAUUAUUAUUUAUUUCAAAUUAAUUCUUCCUGAUCGACACUUAAAGCUAUUUUUUGGAAACCGAUGCUGCCUGCCUUCUUAAUAAGUAACGACUUUGGAUCCGCUGAAUAUUUAUACUGCUGCACAGCGCGAUGGCUAUACUGUAAAAAACACGAAAGAAAAUGUUUAUUUUUUUAGAUUAUACCCAACAAAUUCUAGAUUUGAUUUAUUGUACGACAUAUAGUAAGAGCCCCCACCAAAAAUUAACGGAAUGCAGAACAAAAUGCAAACGGUAUUCGGCCUUAUUCUGAAUGUGUACUUUAAUCCAAUUUUAGAAUGAAGGCUAUAGAUAACCAACCUGCCGAAAAGGAAAUUUCCCCGCCUGAGUUGUUCAAAAUGCCCGAAGUAUAUAUUCUCUGGAGCAUAAUGUUCCUCAGCUUACUCCCACUGACUCUCGUGAUGUCUGCCAUUAAGGUAAGUGAAACGUUUAUCGACACUGUUGCUAAUUAUGUGAACGAAUGUCUAGAAUGUUUACACUUAUCACUGACUAGGGCAGAAGCGAUGGCAAGCUUAGUUCAACAGUACUACUGCUAUACCAGUUUGACUACAUCAUGGCGAAUUUUACUCUCUCUUCCUUAAAUUGCCGAGAAGCAGCUUUGCCCGACAUUAUGAAUAUAUAAUGGAGAACAUAAUCAGCUCAUCAAGCUUGUUGUUUCAGUCCUCCCUAUAUUUCUUGGCCUCCGUCCGUUAGUUUUCAUACUGUCACAGUGUGACAUGCUAGAAAAUCUCACAGCGGACUUUAAAAUGAUAACAUUUAAAAUAGGUCACAUAGAAUUUUUAUUAGCACUUCCUGCGACAGAAAUCAUAUCCACGCAUAUACGGUGUCUGGCCUACGUCAGUAAAUGGUAAAGUUCUCACAAGUGUUUUAAGUUAAAAAAUCACUUGGGUGGACUUGCAAUGUGAUUACCAUGUAGCAUAACCCCAAGAUAUUUCCGUCAAGCCGUUAUACCGACCGUCGAAUGAGCGUCCUUCUGACCACCUCCAGAGCGUGUAUUCUGGAAAAAUGAUUAUUCAUGUUGAAUGAGUUUCCUUGUUGAACAUCAUUAUCCUUGUUAGUUGAAAAAGAUUUCAUAGCAAACGAAUGCAAGAUUGUUUUUGCUGGUAUCCAGUUUGCGACAGUUAACGUCUGUUUUAAAACAGUUCUUUGAUGAGAGCGCUCUUUUCGGAUUUUAACGUUUUUAAAGCUCUCGAAUGAUUUUGGACCGCCCUGUAGUUGUACUCCUCUUCAUGGCAUACAAACUAUGCGCUCUGUAGUUCCCAUUGGACGAGAAGCGUAUAUUUCUACAUGCUGUUAAGGGCUUAUGUUAUUGCACAAAUAACGUGCUCUAUGCUCAAAACUUCAUACGUAGCACUAAUAAGCGGAUAAAUAUCAUGUUGAAUGAAUGGGUACUAUAUGAUCUUGAAAAUCACAUAACUUACCGAUCAUCAUUCUUUCGUCAAGUGCAUUGUUAACGAAGCCAGUUGUUACCGCAAAUUGAGCAUCACAGUAGAUAUUUUCGUAUAAGCUUUUCACAAAACAAUUGUGAAUUUACAGGAGCAUCUAGAAACCUAGAGAAAAAUUUCCGCUACCGAGUAGCCAAUUUGCUUCGACUGCAGUUCUUGUGGAUGGGGAAAAAAUACUCGCACAUAUGCAGGCAUCUUGAAGUGCUCGAAAUAUCUUGAAAUUCUUCUGCACGAUGAUGCACCUGUUACACGCCAACCCAGAAAGGCCUUUCUAGGUGAAUAUAAACCUCCUAACUUCGGUUAACGUUUGUAUGAUAUUGGCCGGCAGUUGAACGUAUGCACAUGCGACAUGCACGACCAGAUAUUGUGUGACAGUAAAUCAGAUUGAAGGACGAUCUGUCGGCACAUAAUUUAUAUUUAUAUUCCCAUGUGGCUAAGUGGCGUGCUCAGUUUCUGCUGUAUUUUGUCAGUCUGUAAAUUCAUAUUGACCCAACUGUGAAAAAUUCGGCGCCUCGGUGGGAUUCGAACCCACGCAUUAAGGGGACGGCUUUAGUAAAGCCAACGCUCUAACCACCUGAGCUACGAGGCCCCGCCGGACGACGCGAUUUUAAUCACAUUUGGGUCAAGUUAUCCGCCCAACCUACUGCAACGUCUGGAAUCCACCAAAUAUGAUACAGAAAGUUGACUGCCCAAGCAGGAUUUCCCAAGUAAUCCACCUAGAAUCCACCAGAUGACUACCAGGCUCACGUAAUUCAUAGGUAUUUUGGCACAUUUUGAAUAAUUCAAAACAUGUUGUUAAUGAACCUGCAAACUUAUCAGGAUAAACUGGGUAAUAACCGAAAUAAAUACUACAAAGCACAGCUCAGUAUACGUCUAUUCCUAGAAACGUGUCUGCUGCACAGCCCCUACAAGUUGUGCAAUCGGCUAAACCUCCCAUACUUUGCCGUCCUUUUGGGUUAUGUGCAAGGGUUCGCACGGUAUGAUGUAAAUCGCUUUUAGUAGUCCAGGAACAAUUACUGUUACAGUUGCGUCAGUGCGUCUCUCUCUCUUUGCCACUUGCGUUCCGCAAUAAAUAACGCGUUUAAAUAACGCGAGCUUGAAAACAUCGAGAAAUUAUACGAGAGGAGGGGCAACUACGUCCUGAAAAUACUACCCUUAUUUAACUCUGUCUCUGGUGAUCCGGGCUAAUAACGCACCUUUUCAGCUGUCGUGUCUCCUUCUUCGCCACUCUCAAUUGUUUAUCUUGUACUCCUUGAUCAGAUAGUGUCACAUAGUGGGCCCUCGAGACAAUGGAUGAUUGCCCUAUUUUGAAACAGCAACAAUGAUUGCAAGUGCUCUAGAAUUUCCUUCUGCCGUUUUGUAACUUGCAAGUAACUGAGAGUAAUUAUGGCACACGUAUGGCGGCUGAACACAGAUGUUUAAAAUGGUAUUCCUCACGGCUUAUCCACCUGCACAGAUCAUUGGACAGAUGAAGAUUGACGACGACUCAUAUCUCAGCACUGUGGCAACACUCGGCGCCGUCGUUAAUACUAUUAGUCGUAUGGCCUGGGGUCCGGCGUGUGAUGUGUUUUCCUUCAAGGUAAGUUCUUCCUGAUUACAAAAAAGCUACGACACAAGUCUUAUUUUUUGAUAAAUCUUUUAUCUUUGCCUACCUUAACUCUAGAGCGGAAGAAGUCGGAGGUCACCGGGCGGAAUCCUCUUGACACUAAUCAGCCUUUUUCGAUUUAUACAUAGCGGCAACCAACGGCUCUAGGAUUAAAAAUAGCAAAACUCGGAGCAUCAUCUCAUACUUGUGCAGACGCCGUAAAAACCAGGAACGAUGAAUUAUACUCUUUCACCUACUGUGCUUUGUAAAAAACAAAGGCGGUCGAAAAGCGUCAGAAAGUACACGAAUUUUAACCGCGGUUAAUGUGUUACUUUUGAAAACAACUGCUGUGUUUGCUCUGUGAACAUGAAAAUGAUGUCUGUCAUACCAGGCAGAAAAUAGCUAUUCAUCACACUUCGUAUGUGAAGAAUUGACUUUGGGCAUUGCGACGGUGAAGUCCAGUAUCAUAAUUGUGUUUGUUUGCAGUUGAGGAUUAACUUGACACUUAUAGGCAGCACAAGGUUACGGACAGGGAAGAGGUAGCUGAACUGGUCGUUUCGGGCUUGCUAACUGUCACCAGUAGGCCAUGCCCGACCGCAUGUUUGACGCACCUGGGAUUCGGACCAAUGAUCUUUGUUCAUUGAGUUGAACAUCUAGUCGACUUUGAGCUACGGGCCGCUGUCCUGUCGGCUACGAUCGGAGUUAUCGAUUAUGCUGGAAGUGCAUUUACAUUCCUGACCAUAACCGACAGGACAGCGGGCUCGUGGCUCAAUGGUAAAGGUUUCGAUUCGACGAACCU